UCUACCUUUCUUUUUACUGUGGAGGCAACGUGACAUUGCCGCUCACCAGCGCUAGAGCUCUGGCAGGCUUGCUGUGAGUCACACACGGCCAGGAUUGCUAUGGUGACCGGAUUGUUGACAUGAUGGCGCCGCCGUCACAGUGAGGACAAGCAGUUAGUAGAGGAUGCCAGAGAACGCCCGGGUCACCGUGCGGUUUGGCCCAUAUGUGACCGGCAGCGGUAUAGUGGAGCACCGGGUGUCCCGGCUGCAGGGGAUGCGAGCUGUACUGAUCUCAGAUGGACACAGAGUUGUCUUGGAAGAAAUCUCAGAUCGGGACAGUGUGGAACUUAUUGUGAAUGGAGAGACUGUAUUUACCUGUAAUAUCAAGGAACUCGACUUUGGGGGUGAUGGAAAGCUGGACCUACUUUGUGAGCAAGCAAGACAAGCUGUACUGAAAGCUUACUAAUGGUUGUUAUAUUCACUUGUAACCUUACAUUCCCUUUGUAACACAUUGUUUCCAGUAAAUACUGUCAUAAACUGUACACUAGAAUUGUGAAUAAACAGGAAGUCUGACUUCUAUUACAAUGCAGAGGUUUGGAUGGCAUUUUCAGUAAGAGGUGCCUAAGAAUUAUUACAUGAUUGUGGCUGUGGUCAUUAACAACUCUGUAAUGUGGUAUUCUGAACUAUAGCAGCAUUCAUUAAAAAAAAAAAAGUUUCUCCACUUAA